AUGGAAGAUAUCUCUGGGGAACUUUACACAGAUCUUCUUCGUCAUGGUGCCCAUACUCGGCAUGAGAUUCACGGAAGGCGAGUUCUGCCUGAUGGAGAUCUAAUGAAGCAGGCAAUUGCAACAUUACCCACAGCUCUCCGUGACGACGGUCUCGGGGUGGAAAGCACUUCGAAAUAUAUACUCCAAGAACUCGUCCCUGCACUGAGCGCCAACAGCCAAUCACCAAAUUAUUAUGGUUUUGUGACAGGGGGAGUGACACCGGCAGCAUUAAUCGCAGACCAUAUUGUCACAGACUUUGACCAGAAUGUACAGGUGCAUCUGCCCAAGGAAACAAUUGCAACGGUGGUAGAAGACACGGCUCUUCGGCUGCUCCUGCAACUAUUCCAUCUCGACGAAAAGACAUGGGUUGGUCGGACCUUCACCACAGGAGCAACAGCAAGCAAUGUGCUUGGUCUCGCCUGCGGGAGGGACUUUGUUGUGUCCCAUGUCUUAAAGGGCUCUGAAAUUAGCGUGGCAGAGCACGGCUUCAUAGAGGUCGCCAGCCGACUGAAUCGCAGAAUCCAGAUCCUUACAACAACUCCGCAUUCUUCUCUGUCAAAGGCAGCAAGUAUCGUCGGCCUCGGCCGCCUUGCUGUCAAAAACAUCAGCGUCGAAGGAUCCGUCGAAUUCGACAUGUCUAAAUUGGAGACGUGUAUUGCGGACCCGGAGUAUAUUACCAUUGUCGCCAUAUCUUGUGGAGAAGUCAACACUGGUCAUUUUGCCACGAAUGGACUGCAGAAUAUGCAGUAUAUUCGUGCUCUUUGUGAUAGAUACGGUGCUUGGAUCCAUGUCGAUGGCGCAUUUGGUCUCUUUGGCCGAAUCCUAGACUCAGUCGAGUUCGAACACGUAAUGCGCGGCUGCGAGGGCCUUGAGCUGGCAGAUUCUAUAACUGGUGACGGACAUAAACUGCUUAAUGUGCCUUAUGACUGCGGAUUCUUCUUCACUCGCCAUCUUUCCCUUGCGGAGUCCGUCUUUAGAAAUCCAAACGCAGCAUAUCUCAGCUCCAAUACCGGCCCCAAGUCCCCCGACGAUCCCUUCUCCAGCUCCAUUCCAUCUCCGCUGAACAUCGGUAUCGAGAACUCGAGGCGUUUCCGCGCACUCCCGGUACUUGCCACACUCCUAGCCUAUGGACGGAUAGGAUACAAGGAUAUGUUGCAGCGUCAAAUCCGCCUUGCCCGCGAAAUUGCAGGAUGGAUUCACGACUCAGAGGACUAUGAGCUGCUUCCUGAUCAAGGCGUGCCUGUUUCAGAAACCGAGCUCUUGUCGAAGAUAUAUAUUAUAGUUCUCUUCCGUGCCAAAGAUCCUGAGCUAAACCGAAUUCUCGUGCAGAAGAUCAAGGAUACGUCAAAGAUGUACGUUUCUGGGACCAGCUGGGGAGGCUCGCCGGCAACUCGCAUUGCUAUUUCGACCUGGCGAGUGGAUGUCCAACGGGACUUUGAGCUCGUGAGGAACGUUUUGGCCGAUGUCUCGAGGACUCAGAGUUAG